GUCUAUUUUACUCCCCUCUCUGCCACCCCCUUUGGGACUAUAAACUAAACUUUCUCUGUUUGAUGGCAAAUAUAUAUAAAUUUUCUCCGUCUCUCUUUCCAGAAAUCUCCUCAAGUUCUCUCUCUAGGUCCUUGGCCGAACAGCCAUCAUCCGCUGCUGUAUAACCGCAACACCGCAGAACCCACCUCCCCAAAACCCCAAGAUUUUGUGAUCCUUUCGGCCGCUGAUUUUCCUCAAAAUUAUUCUUUUCUCACCGCACAUUUUGUAUAUUGUUUGCGUUUAAUUUGUGUUCUGUGUAAUCUAUAUAUGUAAUGGGAAAGAGAAAGAGGAAAACUGACCUUAACAAGACCCCUCCUCCUCCAGACCUUAUGCCACCGCCACCUGGAAUGGGUUCAUUAACAAAACAGAAGCUUUCGCAUCAAAGUGAAGGCAGUGAAAUAAAGCCGCCUUUCAUGUCCAUUAUAGAUACCACAGAUGAUUCUGUUAAGGUAACAAAAGGACAUCAGCUAUCUGCUGAUCAUCGUCAUCACAAUAUUAGCCGAGCUAUAUCAUUGAGGCACCAUCGUCAAUUUUAUGGCCGCCAUUAUUCUCGACGGAACUCCACCAACAAUGCUGAGGCAUCAACUUCCCAUGACAAGGUUUCUCCAUCUUAUGAUGACAAAACAUCCUUCAAGAUGGCUAGUAAAUACCGUCCAGAUUCUGGAUCAGGGGACCAUUCAGAUGCAGGGAAACUGAUAUGCAGCUUAUGCCAGAAGUUCCUGAGGAAAAAACCCUGUAUUCUUGAAACCGUCGUACAUUCCAGCGAUCACUCGGUGGCAGCAGUUCUAAGUUGCGGUCACGUUUACCAUGCCGAUUGCUUGGAGGAUAGGACGCCCCAUGAAGAUAGAUGGGACCCACCCUGUCCCCAGUGUUCACCAUCACUAUCAGGUUGAUAGAUUCUAGAGGGACGGACGGACAGGAUUUAACUAUACAUGUUACCUUUUCUCUGACUGACAUCGAAGAUUAAUAAUCCAGUAGUAGGUAUAUGUCUGUUAAGUUAGUUUUCAUCUAGAUAGAGUGGUCAUGAACGUACUAACGCGAGUAGCGGAGGAAAAAUGUGUUUGUUUUUUACUGUAUUUUGUAGGUUGCUUAGGAGAAAAUAACUUUGGAAUUGUUUGUUAGACAUUGUUGUGUGAAUAGUUUGUGCUGCUUCCUAUAACUGCCUCAACACUUAUUACUUAAAUGGCGAUGUGUUAUUGUUAGUAUUAGUAA